UGUCACACACAGGACGAAGCAGGAACUCGCCCAUUUUUACCCAUUACAAAUGGAGGAACACGAAGAUGCUCAAUACUGUUUUCCAGACCAAAACUCUUCUUGCAGAAAGGCUUUGCUAUCGACAUCUAUUUACAUAACACUGUACAUCUUCAUCUCAUUGAUUUCAGCGGUUACAGUAUUUUUGAACGUACUGGUGAUCAUCUCCGUCUCUCACUUCAAGAAGCUCCACACUUCAACCAACCUGCUCAUCCUUUCUCUGGCGGUGGCAGAUUUCCUGGUGGGACUGAUUGUGAUACCAGUAGUGGCUGUAACAGUAAUGGAAUCAUGCUGGUUCUAUGGGAAAUAUUUCUGUGUGAUUUCUCUAUAUAUCAAUUAUUUAUGUCUCUCUUUAUCUAUGGGCAAUUUGAUCUUGAUAUCUAUUGACCGUUAUGUUGCUGUGUGUGAUCCCUUGAAGUACCACUCAAAAAUAACAAUAACAAGAAUAAUUGGUUGUAUAGCAAUUACCUGGUGUUGUUGUAUCAUAUACAAUGCUGUUAUUUUAACUAACUAUGUUAAUAUGAAGGUACCCAGACAGUGUUUGAAUGAAUGUUUUGUUGUUGUAGGAUUUCUCUGGAGGAGCAUCAUUGACAUUCUAUUUUCAAGUGUUAUCCCAUGCUCAAUUAUUAUAACACUUUAUUUGAAAAUAUUUUUUGUCGCCAGAUCACAGGCCAGAAAGGUAUUUAUAAAAGAGCCUGCCACCAAGUCUGGUGUUAAAACUGUACAGUCAAAUAAGUCUGAGAGAAAAGCAACAAAAACUCUAUCUAUUGUAGUUUUCACCUAUCUCACAUGUUGGAUUCCAAUUAUUUUUAUCCAGUUUUUUUCUCACCAAUCAUCAUUUUCCUUAAGCUUUCUGCCAUGUGUUAAUUCCUUAAUUAAUCCAAUUAUUUAUGCUUUAUUUUAUCCAUGGUUCAAAGUGACAGCUAAACAUAUUUUAACUCUGAAGUUAAGGCGGUCAUAGUUCCUGCAUUUUUAUUCCUAAAUUUGACAAAUAUAGAUGACUUAUUUCAUGUAACAAUACACUGACAUAGAAUUUCAUUCUGAGAUAGGUUCAGUUAACAGAUGUCAUUAUAGGUACAU